GCAGAAUUUCCUUCUUUCCUUUUCUCUGUGUUCACAAAGAGGAAGUAAACUUUGCCGCGGCACACAGACAGUAUAAAAGCUUCGCCUCUGUUGUCUUUCAGCUCAGUUGGACUCUGGUGUGUUGCUUCUCAGCAUGGAGAACAUCUACGUCAGGCACUUGGAGCUGCUGGGCUACGAGAAGCGCUUCUUCCCAAGUCAGCACUACGUGUACAUGCUGAUGGUGAAAUGGAGCGACCUCUCAGAGAAGCUCAUCUACAGGACGUAUCCUGAAAUCCACACUUUCCACAAAUCUUUGAAGGACAUGUUUCCCAUCGAGUCCGGUCAAAUAGAAGCGAGAGACAGAAUCAUCCCCUCAUUGCCAGCUCCUCGGUGGUUGUGGGAAAGCGAGAAGUCAAGAGAAACCACGAAGAGCACCCUGGCUGAGUACUGCCAAAAGGUCAUCAGCCUGCCGCCUCACAUCUCCCGCUGCAAACACCUCUCCAGCUUCUUCAAGGUCCGACCGGAGGAUGAAAACCCGCCUGCCCCAAACACACUGAAAAGAGCCGAGACCUUUUUGGUGUCCAGAGACCAGGCUCGAGACGUGGCGUCCGAGAUUUCCGCCCCCAUCAUCUUGGACACCUACAGAGUGAUCGCGGACUUCGAAAAGUCGACCAAGUAUGAGAUCACUCUGCACACCGGGGACCUGGUGGAAAUCGUGGAGAAGAAUGAGAACGGUGAUAAAACAACUGAGUUUAUUUGUUAUUCUGAAUUUUACAGCCUUCGUCUUUUCCCGGAAAAUUUUAUUUGCCAAACCCACCACCUGUCCUUUGUCUCCCUCAGAUCGACCAUCAGAAAUGCCAAGAGCAUUCAUAACAAGUCUCGCCAGCGGCUCAGUCAGGAAACCUACCGCCGGAACAGCCGCCGGUACUUCCAGCAGAAAGGCAGCCGGCUCAGCGAACCACAGAGGAACUCCAGGAAUGCAGCAAAGUCGCCGCUGAAGGAGAUGAAGAACCAGGAUAACAUUCCCGAGAUGUCCGGCACCAGCUCGGAGAGCGAGCUAAAGAAGGAGGCGCCGGUCAUCCCUCCCCGACCCAGCCCAGAGCUCAUCUUGGAGCGCUGCACCGACAACACCCGCAAGAAAGUCAGCAUCCACAAGUCCCGGUCCAGCUCCUGAAGCUAGCACACAAAAGAUUUGACGGAGCAAUCCUUAGAGCCGCUUUGUUAACACGAGUCCUAGUUUUAGAAGACGUUCAUGUUUUGAGUUUGUAGAUUUAUUACAAGGUGUGGAUAAAAGGGCUGGAAAUGUAACUGCCAUCAAACGCAUGGAAAGACCAAACAGCAGCCACGUGUCAGUAAGUUAUUCAUUGGUUUGUGAACACGUCUUUAAUUCAGCCUUUCAAACAUUUCCUCACUUUUCAGUGGCGUAAUGAUCCAUAUUUUCUAGCAGAUGGACGGUCAGAAUGAAUGAGUGUGAAGUUACGUGGUUUGACUUUAGGCAGCAGCACAUUUUGUUUCAGAGCUUUAAAGACUCCAUGUUUUAUAUCUUUGGACUACUAGAGCAGCUUUGUAUGAUUCAAGUCCAAAAUAAUGCCUCUUUGUCUUACACUGGGCUUGAGCGCAGCUCCUGAGUUACUCCUCUGUCUAACAUAAGCUGUUUUAGCUCCUCCUCUUUUAAGCCAGCUUUCUUCUGAUUGGCUGCCCCUCACAAACAGGUCUGAAUAGCAGGUUGUCUGCUGUAGAUGUUCAUCUCAAAGAUAACACCAUUAAUUUUUAUUAUGAUUAUAAGCAGUAAUGGAACUCUGACCCACCUGCACCAUUAACAUGUAGAUUUGGAUCUUUGGUGAUAAAAGCAUAAGCGUGUCUUUGGCACAUUUUUAUUAGUUAUCUGGGGGUAAAAAUGCUUUGUUUUGUUGUCAUUUGUAAGCUUAUUUUUAAUUUAUGCCAAAUAUCAGCACAAAAAAUGGUUUCGGAAUAAGUAAAUGCAUUUGUGGAGCAUCACCUCACCUUUUUAUUUGCUUGUUGUCCUAUUUAAAGUGUACAUGUUACGCGACUCUGACUGUCAUACCUCUAUUUUUUUGUAAAUUGCUUUAUAAAGUAUAAAAAAAGGUUCGAGGUGUUCAUCGAGUAAUUUACUUUUAUUAGAAAAUAAAGGCCAUUGCACAGCACGUGUGCUUUAUGUA